ACUGCCAGAGUCCUGUGACUCUUUGAAAGUACUGCUUAAACAUGGAGCAAACCUAAAUGAUACUGAUGAUUGCUUGAAUACAGCACUUCACUAUGCUGCAUAAAGUAAAGCAGUGGAAUAUGUGAUGUAUCUAGUUAAAAAAGGGUCAGAUGUAAAUGUGCGCAAUAAAACAGGUAUGACACCGUUACACCUGGCGGCAGUCCCAUGCACUGAUGACUGGUUCUAUUUCUCUCAUUUGAAAGUUGUAAAAGAUGAUUCUGAAAAUUUGAAACGCUCAUUGCAUGAAUAUAACAUUGAUCUCAAUGCAUUAGAUAAAAUGGGAAUUUCAUUCAAGGUUACCACAGAUUCACUGGACUGUUUAACAUAUGUGAUGAAAAAAUCAAAAUCAGAUAUUCCAAAUAAUAUUCGUGUAAUAUUCCUUCAUCUUAAGACAAAUUCCGGAUGGUGUGCUGACAAUUUUAAAAAAGCAUUCAGUAGAUCAUGUGAUACAGUGGAUAAAUUGAUUGCAUGUGGAGCAGAUGUGAAAGCAGUUGAUGAGUUUGGAAACAGUCCACUUCAUAUUGCUGCCAAAUGUCUCUCUGCCAGUGUUCUCUCUCUGAUAAGAAAUGGAUCUGAUGUAAACCUUGAAAACAAGGAAGGCAGAACACCACUGCAUGAAGCAGUAAGACAUGGUUUAUAUUUGUAUGAUAAAGAUAAAUCUAGUGAUGAAAGGUCACAUGAUGAAGACAACACUAUUUAUGGAAAGUCAGAACCAUUAUUGAUAGUGCAAAAAUUAGUUGAAAAUGGAGGCAACGUAAAUGCCAAGGAUGUAUUAAAGAACACACCACUUCAUAUUGCAGCAGAAACAAGUUAAUGUGUGAAUUAUCUAAUCAAAAAAGGAGCCAAGGUAAAUGCAACAAACAACAAUGGCAGGACGCCACUUCAUUUGGCUGUCAUUCCCGUUAUGUUUGUUUAUAAAAAUGAUUUAAGUGGUUCGAAUAAGG